AUGCUUGAACGGGCAUUUUUUACAUUGCGCUGUUAUCUUAGUCAUCGAGCAAAUGGCAUCGAAGCCAUGAACAUGACAGGACCACUGUACGCCACCCUAAUUUCAAUAUUUGUAGCCGAUUCAACUAUUGCGGCUACUCUGUGCGUCCUUCUUUGGCAGAAGAAAUCCCAAAUCAAACGAACAAGAUGCAUUGUGAAAUCAUUGACGUUCUAUGCGGUUGCUACAGGCAUUCUUACAGUGCUGAUAAACCUUACUACACUGCUCCUUAAAAUAUUUAUGAACGGUACCCCAGCGUACGAAGGUCCAUUAUUUUUCCUCAGCAAUGUUUAUGCAUGCAGUCUCCUCACCUCUCUUGAUCGACGUGAACGUAUGCUGACCGAAAUUUGCCCAUCCAAAGGACAUAUCAGUAUUUCUCUCAAUAGCAAAGACCAUUCUUCCUCCAAAAUCGAAAUAUCUCCGUACACAAAAUGCGAUAGAGACGGCGACUGCUGCCAGCCAUCAACUGAGAAUAUACAGGCUCAGUGUGCUCUGAACGGAGAUUGCGGGAAAGAUCACACCGAUUAUGGGGAUGUUCAGAUCAAGGUGGAGACACAGACUUUUCGGAGUACACCCGACCACGAAUCUGCUUCAAAGUAA